CUGGUCUCUUGCCRGGUUCAGAUGGCGUAUGAAUCGUGGAGGGAGCAGGUGGAGGAGGGGGAACAGAGAGCGCGUCAAGCGGAGAUCGGAAAUGUGUUUCUCAUUGACAGAGAUGUGGACCUUGUGACUCCUCUGUGUUCCCAGGUUGUCUAUGAAGGACUUGUGGAUGAUAUUUUCAGAAUUAAAUGUGGAUGUGUGGAGUUUGGUCCAGAUGUCACCUCCUCUGACAAGAGUAUAAAAGUGAUGCUAAACUCUCAAGAUAAGGUUUUUAACGAGAUCAGGAACGAGCAUUUCUCCCAGGUGUUUGGCUUCCUAAGUCAAAAGGCCCGAAACCUCCAGACUGCAUAUGAU